AUGGCUCGCACCUUACCAUGGUCAACUGAUCAGGCACCGUCUACCAAAAGGCAACGUACAAUUCGCUCGGCAGGGCCCCAUCCAGAGCCACCAUUCUCUUCUCCGACGCGUGGGAGAGCGGGCGAGACCCUGGACACGCCGCCAGGAAAUAUCCUGCCCAAUGCCACCCCGUCGAAGCAAGAAAAUGAUGGAACACCUGCUUCGUCGCCUGCCAAAGCACCGCCGUCGAGCGAGUUGAUGCACGAAGGCUAUGACGGAGACGACAUCUAUAUCAUGGUUGAAGACGAGUUCAAUACUGUCGCGCAGAGCUACACCGCACACCUUCAUUUAGCCGAGUACAAGAGACUGGUUAGACAAGCGCGCGAAGCACCCCCCAAAGCUCUCCCAGAACCGACCUCUCCGAUGUCGAAGCAGGCCAAGCAGAGACUAAAGGCGGACGCUCUGCAGCACAGGCAAAAAGAAGCAUUGCAGAAGGUGUUGAGUCGCUCCGCUCCGGACGACGAAGAAGAAGACACAGUAGAUGAUCCGUGGUCGGGUACGAGUCUUGCUCCGCUGAUGGCAGGUAGCAACCAGCGCAAGACAUCCCUGUUGGGGCUGGAGAAGAUCUCCAGCAACACGAAAGCGGGGAUGGGUUUUGCCAGACCUACCAGCAGUGGCUCUUCUGGCAGAGACCAAGAAAGCGAUGACCUGAGCACAAAAAGAAACGCACUGGGCAAGCCUCCGACCACAUGGGACUAUGAUAUGUCGACUCGUCUUCCCUCGCCUACGUCGGGUACAGCUAUCGAGAAUUCUUCGCAAUAUACUGUGGCAACGACUGCAAAACAGCGCAACGCGCGGGCAAACGUCCAUCCUAUUUCUCAUGCACCCGCGAGUGUCGAGGUGACGACUGCUGAGCCUGCUUUUAGCCAUUCUGGCACACGCAGACCUCGGACAAUGUUGAGACAACACAAGGAUCGCCUACGCACACGCCAAUUAGAGGAUGAAAAGAAGAAGAAAUCAAGACUGGAAGAGGUACCAAUGUUCAUUAUAUGA